AAAAAUCACUUAUCUUAUAUUUUUUAAGUGACUAAAAAGAAAAGAGGCUCAUAUUUUUAAAAUAUUUAAAUUUAAUUAUGGUCAAAAUCAAAUACCGGUGAAUGACGGGGUGAAAGGGGUCCAUUGGUAAUUGUCCAUUGUUAACCGAAUUAACCACCAUGCUCCGCUUCACCGCCGCCACAACUACCGCCGUCCACCACCACCAUCUCCGGCGACAACUCCGCACUUUUGUAAACGCAAGGGUAAAAUGGGUAAAAGACCCAUAUCUCGAUACAGCAGUAGAGAAAGAGAAGAAUCUCAAGCCAUUACUUUCUCUCAAGAACUUAAUUCUCUCUCAUCCAUCAAAAUCUUUACCCCUUAACACCAUUUCCCCUCUUAAACCCCAACUUAAUCUUCCCAUUUCUGCCCUCAAGUUCAUCCAAAAUUACCCUUUUGUUUUCAAAACUUUUAGACCUCCAAUACCCUUAUCGACUUUACAUGUAAAAGUUACUCCAAGUGCUGAAUCUUUGCAUAAUGAUGAGACCCUUUUGCUUAAUCUUUCACAUUAUCGUAAAGAUUUAGCGCAAAGAUUAGGGAAGCUGUUGAUGCUUACGAGAGCGCAUAGGCUUCCUUUUUAUGUUGUUGACAAAUUUAAAUUUGAUUUGGGUUUGCCUCAUGAUUAUUUGUUGAGCUUUUUACCUGAAUUUCCUGAAUAUUUUCAGAUUUGUCAAAUGGGUUUUAAGGAUUCUAAUGGUUGUGAGGUAUUCGGGUUGGAGUUAGUUAAAUGGAGGAAGGAUUUAGCUGUUUCUGCGAUGGAGAAAAGGGUGGAAAGUGAGGAUUUUGCUGGUGGAAAAAGAGUGCAUAUAAGAUAUUCGAUGAAAUUUCCAAGAGGAUUUGAUUUACAGAAGAAGGUGAGAAAUUGGGUUGAGGAGUGGCAGAAUUUGCCUUACAUUUCACCUUAUGAAGAUGCAUUUCAUUUGGCUCCGAAUAGUGAUCAGGCGGAGAAAUGGACAGUAGGAGUGAUUCAUGAAUUGUUAAGUUUAUUAGUAUCGAAGAAGACGGAGAGGGAGAAUAUUUAUUGUUUAGGGGAUUAUUUGGGAUUUGGAAUAAGGUUUCGAAAAGCUUUAGUACAUCAUCCUGGUAUGUUUUACUUGUCGAAUAAAAUCAGGACGCAUACUAUAGUCUUGCGAGAGGCGUUUAACAAGAACAUAUUGGCUGAAAAACAUCCGUUGAUGAGAAUGAGGUACAAGUAUAUAAGUCUCAUGAACAAGGUGUUGAGAAGGGGGGUUCCAAUCAAUGCUGGAGCACUUAGGCACAGGAAGCGGCUGGGUUCUUUAAAAGAAAGCAACAGGAGUGGAACGGAGAAGAGGAUGAGACAAGUUAGAAGUGUAGAGACUAAAAAAGAUUGAUUAAUAGAAACAGGAGAUGAUUUGAAUGAUAACUUUCACGAUCAUGCAUCAUGCUAUAAAGGCUUGUGUAUUGAUGGAUUUGUCUAUCGGUGAUUCUCUGAAUGUUGGUGGGAACUUGGCGAUGCUCAAGAAUAGAAGACUAGUAAUGCUUGUGUUUACAUGGAUAGAAACCUUAGCGUGCACGAGAAGCCGACAACUGAUGCUGAAACUAUCUUUACAUUCUAUGAUUUGGCCGUUUGCUCAGGACUAUUUUCAAAUUGCUUCCUCUUUGCGCCCUUUUUGAAGUUAAGGGAGACUCACGCACUAGUGCUUCAUGUUCUUUUUGUGAAGGCAAUAGCUCCUUGCCGGAAGGAUGCGGCUUGGGAGGUCUAUAUCGAGCAAGGUCCAAUCAUCUCAAGUGAACAUCCACCAUUUUACGCACCUUUGUGCUACUUCCAUCCUCUAUUCUAUCACGUCUAAUCUUGGGAAUAUAAUGCUCGAGAAUAGAAGAAGGGUACAGCUUGUGUUACAUGGAUACACAGGUGAAAGAAACCCUAGUGUGCAGGAGAGGCUGGCAACUGCAGCUGAAACUGUGUUUAUGCUGGAUGAUUUGGCCUUUUGCCAUUCAAAAUUGCUCUCUCUUUGUGCCCCUUGUGAAGUUGAGGAGACAUGUGCCCUCCAAAAAUGGUCAUAUUCUUCUUGUAGCUAAUGAAUGCUCCCAUAUAUGUAACAAAAAUUGUAAUUGCGAUGAUUGUGGUGGGACGGAUACAAUUCAGAAUCUGUAUUAAAGCUUUUGGAAUUCAGAAUCCAUAUUAUAUACAACAAUAAUCAAAAUAGCUAAUUUAUCCUUUUUUGUAUAUAUAUUUAUAACACGUACACUUGACUAGU